AUGUUAAAUUAUCUUUGGCAGCUACAAGGAGGAUAUAGUAAUUUCAGAGUUUACAGCUCGCAGAGAUGUAUUCAGGAGCUUGAUGCCAGGAAAGCCAAUUGUUUCUCUUGUGCUAGACUUAGUAGCAGAUAUGAUGAGCAUAGAGUUGACCAGAGAAAGUGGUUAUUGCUGUCAGAGAAGACAAAAUUGGAUCCUAAAAGUCUGCCACUUUGUAUCACAUAUGGUUAUUUGGGCAAAGUUGACUGCUUAAAAAGAGUCUUUAUCCCUGUAUCUGAGACUACUGACGAAGGUCAUGAACACUGGUACCUCGUAGUGAUUGAUCGUGUUAAAGGACAAAUCAUUUUGCUAGACCCAUUACCCAUUGAGAAACAGUUCAAGCGAAAGAGGACAGCCUUGAAAUUAGCCAUUUAUUUGGACGAGGUAUUGGAAGAUCGUUCAUUCUAUGACUUUGAGACCACUCCAAAUCUGAUUUCUUCACAAUUUGAAUUUGAAGAGCCGGAAGGCCUUCUGACCCUCGAAGCUGGAUCGAGUGACGCGGGUGUAUGGGUUGCAAGUUGGAUGAUAGCUUGUUUUGAAGAUGAUAAUUUUAACAUAAAGGUGGAUGAUGGGGUUCGCAUGAAGAUUGCAGUCUCACUCGUGUUAAAGAUUCAUAAUACGAUCAGCUAUACGGUCAAAAAUAAUGCCAUUGAAAAUCUUAAUAAGCUGAAUGAUAAUCACCAUCGUGAUGAUUAUGAAUUUCCACAAGAUUAG